GCUGCACCCACGGGCUGGAGGAACAAAGGGUCUGCGGCAGCAGGGACGUCGUGGGGGAGCACCCAGGUCCUCGGGGUCGUGCGCAAUGCCUGGGGCUCAGACUGCUGUGUCUUCAUUCUCCCGUCUUCUCCGUGGGAUCAUGGGAGACCACCUUGACCUUCUCUUCGGAGUGGUGCUCAUGGCCAGUCCUGUGCUCGAGAUUUCUUCCUGCUCCUCAGACGGUCGGCUAGCCUUGUACCGAUCUUGCAACCUCACCCAGGUGCCGUGGGUGCCCGGCACCACUGAGAUCCUCCUGCUGAGCUUCAACUACAUCGAGAACAUCACCACCUCAUCAUUUCCCUUCCUGGAGCAGCUGGGGCUGCUGGAGCUUGGGACUCAGCUUACCCCCAUGAGUAUUGACAGAGAGGCCUUCCGGAACCUGCCCAAUCUUAGAGUCCUGGACCUGGGCAAGAGCCACAUGCGUUUCCUGCAUCCCGACGCUUUUCAGGGGCUGCCCCACCUGUUUGAACUUCGACUCUUCUACUGCACUCUCUCUGAUGCUGUAUUAAAAGAUGGUUAUUUCAGAAAUUUAGAGUCUUUGGCUCGCCUGGACCUCUCUAAAAAUCAGAUCCGUAGCCUUUCCCUUCAUCCUUCAUUCUGGGAACUGAAUUCCUUGAAGUCCAUUGAUCUUUCCCUCAACCAAAUACCCAUUGUCUGUGAACAGGAGCUCAAGCCUCUCCAAGGGAAGACGUUCUCCUUCAUAAGCCUCGCUGCCAACAACUUGUACAACAGGGUCUCCAUGGACUGGGAGGAAUGUAUGAACCCGUUCAGAGACAUGGAGCUGGAAACCCUAGAUGUUUCGAGCAAUGGCUGGACCGCAGACAUCACAGGGAACUUCAGCAAGGCCAUCAAUGGGAGCCAGAUCUCCUCUCUGGUUCUUGCUCACCACAUUAUGGGGUCUGGGUUUGGCUUCCAUAACAUCAGGGACCCUGACCGGAGCACAUUUGCUGGCCUGGCCAGGAGCUCAGUGGUGCAUCUGGAUCUUUCACACGGCUUUAUCUUCUCCCUGAACUUUCGACUCUUUGAGUCUCUCCGGCACUUGAAAGUCCUGAACCUUGCCCACAACAAGAUAAACAAGAUUGCAGGAGAAGCAUUUUAUGGACUUGACAGACUACAGGUUCUCAACAUGUCAUAUAACCUUCUGGGUGAGCUUUAUAAUUCUGAUUUCCGUGGACUCCCAGAGGUAGCCUAUAUUGACCUUCAAAACAACCACAUUGGGAUCAUUCAGGACCAGACAUUCCUAUUGCUGAAAGCAUUACAGACCUUGGAUCUCCGUGAUAAUGCUCUUAAAACCAUUUCUUUCAUUCCGAGCAUCCCUACUAUCUUCUUGGGCAGCAAUAAACUGGCGACCUUGCCGAACAUGAGGUUUACAGCCAAUUUCAUCCACUUAUCAGAGAACAGGUUGGAAAAUCUGGACAGUCUUUACUUCCUUCUCCGGGUCCCUCACCUCCAGACCCUCAUUCUGAAUCAAAACCGCCUUUCUUCUUGCAACCCAGUUCAUGCCCCAACGGGGAGCCUCAGCCUGGAGAAACUUUUCCUUGGAGGAAACAUGUUGCAGCUUGCUUGGGAAACCGGCUUCUGCUGGGAUGUUUUUAAGGGGCUCUCCCGGCUCCAGAUUCUGUAUCUAAAUAACAACUACCUGAAUUUCCUUCCACCAGGAAUAUUUAGCGACCUAACUGCACUGAGGGGGCUCAGCCUCAGCUCCAACAGGCUGACUGUUCUUUCUCCCAGCGACUUGCCUGCUAAUUUGGAGGUCCUUGAUGUGUCCAGAAACGAGCUCCUGUUCCCUGACCCUGAUCUGUUUGCGGCCCUCAGUGCCGUAGACAUAAGGUACAACAAGUUCAUCUGUGAGUGCGAACUCCGUCGCUUCAUCAGCUGGCUCAACCAGACCAACGUCACUGUGUUUGGAUCUCAUGCAGACAUCCUCUGCAUGCACCCCGCCUCGCUUGCUGGGACCCCCCUCUCCUCUGUGUCUAUGGAGGGUUGUGACGAAGAGGAAGUCUUAAAGUCCCUAAAGUUGUCCUUUUUCAUUCUAUCCAGUGUCACUGUGACUCUGUUCCUCACGACCGUCCUCACAAUCACCAAGUUCCGGGGGUUUUGUUUCAUCUGCUACAAGGCAGCCUGCAGACUGCUGUCCAUGGACCAGGCCAAGGGCAGUGGGUCUGAUGUGUACAAAUACGAUGCGUAUUUGUGCUUCAGCAACAAAGACUUUGAGUGGGUGCAAAACGCUCUGCUCAAGCACCUGGAUGCUCAGUACAAUGACCAAAACAGAUUUAACCUGUGCUUCGAGGAGAGAGACUUUGUCCCGGGGCAAGACCACAUUGCCAACAUCCAGGACGCCGUGUGGAGCAGCAGGAAGGUGGUCUGUCUUGUGAGCAGACACUUCCUCCGAGACGGCUGGUGUCUUGAAGCCUUCAGUUAUGCCCAGAGCAGGUGCGUGUCUGACCUCGACGGCGCCCUCAUCCUGGUGGUCGUGGGGUCCCUGUCCCAGUACCAGCUGAUGAAGCAUCAGUCUCUCAGGGGAUUUGUGCGGAAGCGGCAGUAUUUGAGGUGGCCCGAAGAUCUCCAGGAUGUCAGCUGGUUUCUUAAUAAACUCUCUCAGCACAUUCUAAAGAAAGAAAAGGAAACGAAGAGAGACGGUGACAUUCAGCUGCAAACCAUAGCGACCGUCUCCUAGUCGGCUAAUCCCAAACCACAGACAACUGUGCAUCUGUGCUAAGCUACCAUUUUGGGGGUCCUUUUUUGGAGUUUGUCUUUCCCACUAGGAACACAA